UCGACCGGUGACGUCUCUGAGUGUGGACGUGUUAGACCGUAUCGCUUUUGUUCCGAGCGUAAAUUAUUUACAUACCUAUACGAGCAGUGAUUAUACUUUACAGUAAAGUGUUUCGUGACAAUAGUGUGAAGUAGAAUCACAUGUGUGUUGUGAACGUAAUAAUAUGACAAGUGUUUUGAAAAAAUCGAGGGGUACGAAAGGAAAAUCUGAAUCCAUGCAAGAAGAUUUGCCCUCCAGAUGGAACUUGUCCUGCGGGCACAAGACCGAAGAUGCUUCGAAACUGAUCAAAUAUAUCGAUGACAAUGUUAUUGGAAAAGGAAACUCAUUCUGUGGACCGUUCGGUCGCCGAAAGGUGGUGUACUGCGACUACAAUGGAUCGGGGCGCGCGUUGUUAUGGCUGGAGGAGUACAUGGCGCGGAUGGUGCUGCCGAUCCACGCCACGCGGUGCAAGGCGCUCUCCAUCACCAAUGGACAGAGCGAGAUAUACAGAUCGGAGUCAAAGGAGAUAUUAAGGCAAUCGGUUGGCGCCAGUGAGGACGACUGCCUUGUCUUCGGCGCUAACCUCACGAAGCUGCUGCGGGCGCUGCGGCCGCAGAGGGUGGCGCUGUUCGUCUCCUCUCGUGAGACAGAGAGGCAGAUAGCGCCGUGGAAAGAGAUAGAUGCUGAGAUAAUCAAAAUCCCCGAGUCGAAGGAAGGGUUCAUCGACCUGAACAACCUCGAACAGAAGCUACAAGAGAAUACCGGUACGGGGAAGAGAAUGAUCGGAUAUUUUCCGGCAGUGUCCAAACUGACCGGGGUACUGGCCGAUGACGUAGCCACCACGCUACUCCUGCACCAAUAUGGCGCGUGGUCCUUCUGGGACUACAGCUUAGUAGCUCCUACUGCUCCCGUGGACAUGAAUCCGACGUUUCUGGGGGUGGAAGAGGGCAUGGUGAGGAAAGAUGCGGUGUUCUUCAACUGCGAGAAGUUCAUCGGCGGAGUCCAAGGACCCGAGGUGGUUGUGUUCAAGCGGGAUAUCUUCAAGAAUUCUCCUUUGUACGCGGACGAUGUUGAGCUGCUCGCUGAGCGUAUCGAGAAGCAGCGCUGCACGGAGGCGGUGCGAGCGGCGCUGGUGGUCCAGCUGCGAGACGCGGUGGGCCUGCAGAACAUCGCUGACCGCCAGGACCAUAUCACCAGACAAGUUCUGUCGCACAUCAAGAAUAUACCGGAGCUGAUACUCCUGGGCACCGAGUCUCGGACGAUGCGGCGUCUGCCCAUCUUCUCCCUCAUGGUGAAGCAUCCUCGGGGCACCUUCCUCCAUCACAACUUCGUGUGUGCGAUCCUCAACGACGUGUUCGGCAUCCAGGCGAGAGGCGGACUUAGCGGGUACCAGAACUAUGGGUCGGAUAUCCUGGGUAUUGAUGAUAAGCUUCGAGAGGAAUAUGAGAAACUGCUGGAUGUUGAAGCGCAGAAGGAAAUAGCUCGGGUUCGCAAACUGAGCGUGAUAAAGUCGCCCGAAGUCCCGAUACACAACGAGCACUUGCGGCCCGGCUUCUGUAGAAUAUCUCUGCCGUUCUUCAUGUCGGAAUGUGAAUUGGCCUUUGUGUUGGAGGCAUUGAAAAUGGUGGCCACGGAGGGCUGGAAAAUAUUGCCGCAGUACGUCGUCAACUCCGAGACGGGACAAUGGAGGCAUCACUCGAGCUCCGUGCUGCGAGACAGAAAGUCUUUGUACUCCUUACGAUUCAAUGACGGCAAGAUGUGUGCAAACGAAAGGCGGAUUUCUGGACCAGGAAUUUUCCCGCAAACAUACACGGAGUGUUUACAAACCGCAAGAAAUUUGUUCAACCGAGCGCGAAAAUUAGCCAUGAAAUGUAUUAUCGAACCCGAAGUCGGUUUCAACCCGAAGAUAGAUUACCUGCGCUGGUUCAUGUUGCCGAAAGAAGCUCACGACCUGCUGCUAGGAAAAUCGGCGAAUGUGAAACACAUAGUUCCCUUCGACCCGUCCGGUUACACGGGAGCCAGGAAAAGCCUGCAGAUUUCGAGAUCUUCUAACAUAUCUUCCCCUAUAUUAGGCUCCUCCGCGAGACACUUCAGCCUCUCCGCAAUCGACGACUGUCAAAUAUAUAGAUUUAAGCAGAAACAGAAAUUCUACUCCAGAGAGUCGAGUCUGAAGGAGGUCAACAAGGAAGAUCUGUCACCCGAGACCGCGAAUCCCGUACAGUUCGCAGUUGGGGAGUCCGUGUCGCCGCUCCGCAUAGUUCCCCAACACGCUAGACCCAUGCUCAUGAUGAGAUCUAGAUGCUAUAGCUUAGGAUCCGAUAUUCCCCAAGUUCCGUUAAGUACACAGACCAAACUAAACCUGGGCGUGAAAGAGGCUAGUCCGAGUCAUCAUAUAGAUAAGAAGAGCACGUUCUGUCACUGCGGUAGCCAAACCGACCUCCAAUCCCUAGACGACGAAGUCAUUUCACCCAUCAAAAAGUACCCAUACAGCGCACAAAGUAGCACAUCGAUCUCGGACUGUAGUCAGACGGGCCGCACCUCACCCACCGUAUCCAUAACCUCCCACACCUCCGAGGACCUCCAGGCCUACGUCAAGGAGAUGACCAAAGAAAUCGCAACGGAAAUUAAGUCGGAAAUCCGGGAAGUCAUUUCCAGGGUCGACGACAUCCUCGACAACUCCGAUGCCGUCGAUCAGACCAAUGUCAGUCUCAAUUCGACGUCAAGUCAGAGCGACAGGAACUCCGUGUCCGUCAUCGACGUGGCCGAGUACCUGAUGGGCAUGUCCAGGGAGAUGGCCACGGAAAUGAAGCACGAGAUUCGCGAGAUGGUGAACCAGGUCGACGAGAUGAUCUCGCCCGAUCCGAACGCGUCGGGCUCGAGACGGAGCUCCCCGCCGCAGCCCGUCAGAAGGAGGAUCGGAUCGGGCCCCGAGCUGGGGCUGGAUCUUCCCAAGCACGCCGCUCAGCAGCUGAAAAAGUCUCCCACUAGUCCCUUAUUCACGACCCAUAUUUCGGAGGACGACCGCUGCAAGCGGUCACCCGCGCAGUCGCCCAAGUCGGCCCAGUGCACACCUUCGCACGAGGCUUCCGGGCCGAGCAGCAUCUCCUUCAACUCCAGCGAGACCUCAACCCCGGACACCAUAAUCCAGGUGGUCACCACCUCUCAAAAUUCCCCCAACCUCCCCAAGUCGUCCAGCUCGAACAAGCUGUCGGACGAGGAAGUGAGCUGCGCCGACGCCAUCUGCAGACAUUGCUGCAUCAAAAAGUCCUGGUGCCAAAACCCCUCCGUCAGCUCGCAGGACAGCGGAAUAAACAUGACUUUCACCGAGACAGAUUCCUUUAGCGAUUUCGCGAAGUGGCGAACUUCCUCAGACCCGACGAACAAUAAACUGAGAAAGCUUCAGGGGAGAUUGCGGUCGUGCCACGACAAGAACGAGGUCCCCGACAUUAUUGAGGGCGUGCCGGUGUGCAACAAUCCCACCAAGCAAGUCAUAAAAUACACCGAGACGGAGUCUGGAAGAGUGGUCUUCCAAAUUCAAGACGACGACGGACAGAGCCGAAGCGCGCCAAGCGCGAUGGACUCGAAGCGGUCAAGUAGAUCGUCGAACGCGUCGUCUAGUUGUAGCGACCGCAGUUCGCGCUCAAGCGGCUACGGCACUGAGCACAGAGUAUCUAAUGACGAGUCCCUAUACGAUAGGAGUGAGUCAGAAUGCCGGCUGUUCAAGUCGGAGUGCUGGGAGGAAGCGGAACAGGACGACAGCAGCGCGUGUAGCGACGCAUCGCUAACAGACUUCACAUUCGACGACGAGGGCAAAUGGCACUGCCCGCCUAAAAACGUCUGGAAAGCCACUGUUGAGGCAAUACAAGAGCACCACAUGAUCAAGCCCAAUGACAAAGUGCUGGUCUGUCUGUCCGGCAGUAGGGACUCCAUAGCGCUGCUCCAUACCAUGCAUCAGUACCAGUUCUACGCCAGGGCUAAAGGCAUACAUUUUAGCAUAGGUGCACUAUUCGUACAAGAACCGGACUCGAGCGUCGACCCGCUACAUCUGAUGGCGUACUGCAGAACGCUCGGCGUCAAAUUCAUAUACCAGGACAAAAUGAACCACAACGAAAUGCAACAUUCCGGCGCGCACAUAUCGGAGGUGCGGCGGUGGGCGUGUCACGGCGUGCGGCGGCGCGUGUACGGCGCGGCGGCGGCGCACGGCUACGGCGUCGCGGCGCUCGCGCAGUGUCUCGACAACGCCGCGCAGGCCUUCAUAGCGGCUGCGUUGUACGGCGGCGCGCUAGCGUCUACCAAAGCGCAUUAUCGUGUCAGGGAGCACAACAUCCGUAUAAUCCGGCCGUUCAUCUACGUGCGGUCUCGCGCGCUGCGGUCGUUCGCGUGGUCGCGCGGUCUGCCGCACUUCGCCGAAACACACACGCCUGACUCGCCGCCAUCUUCGGAUGAGGACAAAUCCAUGCCCCUGGACCGGUCGAUAUCGCAGCCGUGCGGCAGCAAGGAGUCGCUACACGAGCAACUCUCCGAGCCGCUCGGCGAACCGCUCGUCGCCGCUCGCGAACUGCUCACGAGCCAGGAGCGAACACAUCCCUACAUAUUCACCAGCCUGAAGAAUGCUCUACACCCGCUCAUCGGUUCCAGGAACAUCGAGAAAGGUUUAAAGGAAAGUCGCCAUAGAAAGAAGUCGGUGAUACAGAUGAAAAAUGGCGCCCCAGUGUACGACUCGGAGGAGGGGACGGAGGAGGAGCCCGUGCCAUAGACUAUAAUCUCCCGCCAAAAGGAUUUUACUCGUUUAUUUAUGGUUACUCAGUGAUAUGAUGUGAUCAAGUGAUUUUUGUUAUUGUUUAAGUUGUUUAACAAAAAAAAUCAACGUCAAACGUUGCUGUACGAAUUAAUUUGAGGUUAUGUUUUGAAAUUCGAAUUAAUAUUUGUUAAGGUUAAACGACAGAUUGCAGCGUCUGAUUUAUGAAUUAUUAGACACUUCAGUGUGUUCGGUAGCGUUAUUUAUUAAUAUUUACUCUUUUAUAGUAGUUAAGGGUUGCCAUUUUGUAUUUUACCGUUGUACGGUAUAUUUUGUUUGGAAGUGGGAGUGUGUUUGUUAGCGUUUUGUGCUUGUGGCGUGCAUGUCGGUGUUCAAUGCUGUUAUAUAUUUAUUGAGCAGAGAUCUAUCAAUGUUUAUAAAUUAAUCUAAAUCGAAGACGAGUAGUCUUUUAAGAUUUGUUAAAAUUUUUCUUAUAUAUUUUGAUAAAAUCUGAAUUUUAUGUACUUUAGACUGUAGUGAACUUAGAGUACAUAUGAUUACGGCAAACGCGCUAUUAGUAGUACUAGUGUCUAUGUCAAGACACAUUUAGUUUUAAGACAUCAAAGUAUAGUCAUGAGAAAUUUUAGGGUUGCUAUUCUAUGAAAUAUAUUUUAUAGGCAUCCACUCGGAGCUAUGCUAGCUUGAUAUGAAUUUUUGCUAAGAUAUUUUAUUGUUUUACUAAUAACAACUGUAGAGUGAAAUAAAAUCAAAGCUAAUUUUAAUAACUACAACAUACAAUUUGUAUGAAUUCAAUUUAUACAAUAAGUUUUUUUGUAUUAUAUUAGGAAUCUUUAUUAUUAUUAUGUUUUUGUUGUAUGAUCUCUACAUAUUUUGCAGUUGAGUUAUAAGUUUUACUUUGUAUGGUUAUUAAUUAUUAUAAACAUUGUAUGAAAUCUAAAAUCGUAAAGGCUUCAUUCACGUUGGUUAUCAUCGCCGAAUCAAUGUGAACAAACCUUAACGUUAUAAUUUUGUAGAUCUUGAUCUAAGUAUAAACGUUUUAAUACAAAUAAAAGUAUAUUCAAAUUACUACCAAAAAUAUAACAAAGUCGAUAUUAAAUACUAUUUAUGGAUAUGAAAUAUGAGUGUUGAACUAUUUAUAUUACAUAAACGUACUAAUGUAUUAUGUGGCAUCGCUUUGUAUUUUGCAAAGUAAAAAGGUAAAAACUAAGGUCUCCUUGUGAAAUAAGACUUUAGUAUGAUAAUUUUUGCGAUACCAAUUGAUGCCGCAUAUUUUAUUCUACUAUGUGAUCAAUUACGGAUCUUUAUUAUCGAUGUUUAUUAUGAAAUCAAGAUAUAUUAUGUAGAGAAUAGAAUGUAAAACAAGGUGGAUAUAUUAUAUUGUUCGUGUGAGACGUCAUUUUGGUAGUGAACAUUUGCUAUAAAGUGAAAACUGCCCGGUUCGGUAUCGGGCAGAAGACAUAAGAAUGAAAAUAAAAGUGAUUGUAUAUUACAAAAUAUUGUGAUUAUUUUUAUAUCUUUUCAGCUCGAUGAGCAGUUAAAGGGAACCCAUAAUUUUUGACGAAUUUCUGUGAUUUUUGACAAGACUUUAUCAAGAGCGUCAUUAAUUGGUUCAUACGUUAAACAAUCAGAAGCGCUAGUGAAAUAAACUUUCGUCAUACAAUCAUGAUCACGUCAUACAAAAGAUGAGUUAAUGAUACAUCUCGCUUGUUUUAUGAUCUGUUGGAUCUAUUAUGUAUUCGAGGUACGCACUGUCGACUUGUACUCGUCCGGUAUGCAAUUCCAUGAAGCAUCGGUAAGACUUCUUCAAAUCGAGUCACAAGAUAUUUUGACCGGGUUGAAUAACCACGGUCUCAGUGUCAUUCGGCUACAGUUUUUCUGUAAUUUUCAUAGAAAAACUACAUAAAAACUGUCUGUAGCACUGACCUCU